AUGGUUGUUUUUCUGGAGGUUUUGAGUAGGAAUCAGAUUUGGUUUUAUGAGGUGCGGGAUAUGAAGGUUGAGGUCUACUGGGAAAGUGUUUAUGGUUGUUUGCCCAUUAAUGUAUGUUAUAUUUCAUGUUUAGCAACGCAAAAUCUUGAUGAAAUCGAAGUUCAUGUCCUGCAGCUUCAAGAUCAUAGAUCUCUUCGGAAGGUGGAGUCGAGAGAGAUGGAUCCGAAGAAGCAUAGCUUGGAGGAGGAAACAAAGGAUGCUGCUACUAUCGCUGGCCUAAAUGUCAUGCGCAUAAUCAACAAGCCAACAACAGCUGCAAUUGCUUAUGGUAUAGACAACAUGUUGGGGCUUACUGGGAAGAGGAAUGUGGUUAUAUUUGAUGUCGGUGGUGGCACUUUUGAUGUCUCUGUUCUCACCAUUGAUGAAGUGGGUGUGUUUGAGGUUAAGGUUGUUGCUGGUGACACUCAUCUAGGUGGAGAUGAUUUUGAUAACUGUAUGGUGAGUUACUGUGUUGAUGAUUUUAAGUGGAAAUUAAACAUAGAUUUUUUUGGAAAGAAUAGAGAGUUAGGAAGGUUUAAAACUAAAUGUGAGAAAGCAAAGAGAAUUCUUUCGUAUGCAACUCGAGCAUCAAUUGAUAACGAAUUGUUGCAUAAUGGUAUCGACUUUUCAAUGGAAAUUAGUAGUGCCAAAUUUGAAGAGCUUAAUAUCAGUUUUUUUACAAAGUGUAUUGAGCAACUUGAGUCGUGUUUAGGUUAUGCGAAUUUGACCAAAGGAUGUGUAGAUGAGGUGAUUCUUGUAGGUGGAUCAACUAGGAUACCAAAGUCCAACGUAUGUUGCAGGAAUUCUUUGAUGGAAAUGAGUUAUGCAAGAAGAUCAACCCGAAUGAAACCGUUGAUUAUGGGGCGGCAAUUAUGGCUGCAAAGUUAUGUGGUGAAACUACCAAAAUGGUAA